UUACGGUGUUUUAAGCAAUUUGGCGUUUAUACUUGUCCAUGUAAUAUUCCUCUUUAUGAACUGUUGUUUACAUUUUCUGAUAUCUGUAUCAUUUUUUAGGACAAUGUUAUGAUUCCUUAGAAAUGUGAUUUACAAUAAGCCAAUCAUCUUUAUUGUUCAACUGGAGAAAUUUAACGGCUGUGCCGAAGCCUAGGCUACCGAUACCUCUGAAACACGUGCCGUGCAUAGCGGGUAUGCAGCACAAAUCGGGGUCGCUACGUGUCUUCUUUGACUCGCUGGGUUAAAUUCAGUUUUUCUGAGAUUGUUGAAAACAGCUACAAAAUGACGAUGUACAAUGUUGCACCUUACUACCAAUUUUGUUCUUCAGAUGUAGAAUUUCCUACUACAAUGUACUCUUUGAAAAGUAUUCAUUCAAUUGGUGAAGGGGAAGAUGACCCUGCCCUUUUAGAGCUUGAAAGACGACAAGAAAGAAUCCUCCUGGAUUUAAAUGCCCUAAAAAAUGAAGUUGACAUGCUCUCUGAACGCUACAUGCCAAGCAGUGGAAGCAGACAAAUAACAAAGAAUUUCGAAGCAGCGUCAAACGACGACUGGUUAAAGACUGGUGUGGUUCAUGAUAUUGUGAUCAAUGCCAAUCCAAACCAGCCACCACACUCUCUGUUCGUACUUUACAAGCUGCUGAGUGAACAGUAUACAUGCGCUGUAUCAGUACAUACUCAUUCGUCCAUCAACGUGUUGCCGUACCAACUACUUGAUUGCUUCGGAGAGUGUUCCACCAGAAGGCAUGAUGCUCAACUCAUGCUCACCCUAAUAUGGAAGGAUGUGCCUUGUGCAGAGAUGAUUGUUAGUCCCAACACGCAGACUCCGAUUCAAGGUGAAAGCAACGUAGCUCGCUAUCUAGCCCGUCUUCUCAAUCCUGCGUACGACUCCGGAGACAUCAUUCAAGCUACAGAAAUAGACAAUUGGAUUGAUCUGGCUAGUAACUCUUUCCUCAACGGAAGCUCUCGUGAGCGCACCGCAGCCAUCAAGACACUGAACUCUCACCUUGGGAAACAAGAUUGGCUAAUGGGUGAUGAACUAUCCCUAGCGGAUGUUAUGAUGUGGAGCGCACUACAUCAGUCUGGACAGGAGGCAGAGAGCGCCCCCGCAAACAUUCAGAAAUGGUUUAAGGCGUGUGGGGUACAUCCAUCAUUUGACAGAGCACAGGGAUUGCUAUGAAUAGAAUUGUUUUGGUAAUUAAUUUGUAUUCAAGUAAAAUAGUUUUGAGUGUUAUUAAUUUAAUUAUCAAUUAAAAUAUAAAUACAGUAUAUAUUUCUUUACACCAUUGUGGGCGCUGUUUACAUGUGCGUCAGCUUGGGCAUUCCCACUACUAAAUACUAAAUAUGACCAUUAAGUUUUAAUUUGAAAUAGGGAAUUAAUUCUGCAUCCUCAGUUUUCAAACCCCC